UUCUUUAAGAUUAAAAAAGCCGAAUCUUAACUAGCUUAUGUUUUGUUGUAGGGUUAACAAAUUCCAGGUUAACUUUGCUAUUAAAAAGCAAUUUGAGUGCUAAAUCUGAUAUGGGAAAAUAAAUAACUUUAAUUGAAGGAACCAUCGAAAAAUCUAUCAUAAGUACUUCAGCAAUGAAGUGCAUUAGAGAGCUGUUAUAAACUAUUAUUUCAAUUUAGUUAAUUUAUUGAAAUUCAAAUUUCUAAAUAAUUAUCAAUGGGUCGUCGCAAGUCGAAACGCAAGGGAGCCCCAAGGCAGAAAAAUAUUGUGCCGCUGCCCAUACUCUUCGACUGUCCUUUCUGCAAUCACAAGCAGGCCUGCGAGGUCAAAAUAGAUCGAAUCAAGAAUUUAGGCCGAGUUAGCUGUACUGUUUGCCAGGAAAUGUAUCAAACCUCGGCCAAUUAUCUAACAGAGCCAAUUGAUAUUUAUAACGAUUGGAUUGAUGCCUGUGAGAAGGAGAAUUAAUAUUUUUAGCGAUGUUCUAAGAAACUUUUUAUAAUUAAGAGGGGGUGACAAGUCGACUGAGCUUAUCAAGAAUAAAUAUUUCACGACUUUUUAUAC